UCUCUUUCGGAACAAACGCCACCGAUGCUAAUAAUUCAGGUAGCGACCUCAUUUUUAUUUCAUGUUGCGUCAACUUUUUAUUCCACUUCAGAAUGACACUGUCAGUCUGACAUGUUUUGUCAAAGCUGUAUAAAUACAUUUAUAAUCCAGAGAAGCCCUUUUUAUUUGUUUACGUUUUGUGUUCGUUUGUAUUGAAUCGAUUUAAUAAUUGUUAUUGUGUGUUUGGAAGUAGACACCAGCAUGGGAGAUAAUUUGCCGCUGAUUCCCGAGAAGGAGUCGCUGUGUGCGGACGUGCGGCCGCUGCUGCGCGCGGUGUUCCGCGAGCUGGACUACCUGCCGCCGCUCACCACGGAGCUGCCCGUGCCCGUCGCCGCGCAGCACCUCUCCAGCGCGCCGCUCGCCGACGCCGACCACUGGAUAGAGAAGUACAACUCGGAGUGUUCGGAGAUCAGCCGUCGCGAGGCGGAGCUGAAGCAGCAGCAGGCGCGGCGCGUGGCGCGCGAGCCGCUGCCCAACAUCCACGCGCCCGCGCCGCCCCGCGCGCCCCCGCCCGCGCCCCGCUGGCGCCUGCGCCCCGGCCUCAUCGAGCGCCACCACCUCGUGCCCACCCUGCAACAGAAUGCUGCACGAGACGGCAGCCUGUGGAUCAAAAACAUCCUGGCGACGAGCUCGGGCGACGUGAGCGUGGCGCGGCGGAGGCGCUCGCCGCGCGCGCCGCCGCCGCCGCGCCUCGCCGCCGGCGACGACUACCACACCGUGCAGACGCUCAGCAUCGGCGCGCUGGAGCCGCGGCCGCCCCCCGCGCCCGCCGCGCCGCCCGCGCCCGCGCCGCCGCCCGACUACAUCGUGUGCGUGCCGCCGCAGCUCGACUUCGUCAACUUCACCGUCGGACACCUGCACACGCAACGCGUGCGGCUGGUGAACGUGUCGAAGUUCGAGAUCCGUCUGUCGGUGCGUCCGCCGGCGCGGCGCGAGCUGGACGUGCAGCUGUGCGGGCCGCGCGGGCUCACCGUCACCUCGGGCGCCGCCGCCGAGCUGCGCGUGCACUUCCGCCCCAGCGACGUGCGCCUCGUGCGCGACGAGCUGCGAGUGCGCGUCUCCAUGGGCCGGGACUUCGUCGUGCCCAUCGCCUGCUACAUGCAGCCGCCCGUACUCAACAUCCUGAUCCCGAGCGUGACGUCGUCGCUGCUGUCGUGCUCGCCGGGCGUGGAGCGCGACGAGGCGACGGGCGGGGUGGGCGCGGCGGGCGACGUGCUGGAGCUGGGCGCGCGCCUGCUGGGCGACGUGCACUGCGCGCGCGUGCUGCUGCACUGCGACGCUGAGCACGCCUCCUUCUUCCUGCUCACCGAGGACGCCUGGCUCUCAUACACCCUUGACUGCCUGUCGCUGGGCGGGUCGGUGGUGGCGGGCGAGUUCGUGGUGUGGCCGGCGUGGUGGGGCGGCGGCGGCGCGGUGCGCGGCUGCGCGUGGUGCCGCGCGCGCGCGCCGGGGCUGCACGCCGCCGCCCUGCGCGCGCUCUCCUCCACCGCCGUCGCGCGCCCGCUGCACCUGCUCGCCGACGUGCUGCUCUUCCGGCAGGACCAUCUCACCAUACUUGCGCACGACAAGGACUACGACAUCUGCGGCGAGGGCGAGCCGGCGUGCGAGUACUACGUGCAGCUCGGCACGGCGUUCCCGCGCCGCGCGCUCGCCGCCACCGUGCAGCUCGUCAACCACAGCCCGGUGGUGUACUCGUACUACUGGAGCGUGCGGCCGUGGGGCGAGUGCUCGUGCUGGACGGACGACGCCGCGUCCGACGCCGCCAUGUGCGACGCCGCGCUCGACGCCAGGGACGAAGCUCAAGAGAACCGGUCGGCGUGGGAGCGGCGCGGCGAGAGCGCGGCGCUGGUGCUGGUGGAGCCGGCGCGCGGCGCCAUCCUGCCGCGCGCGACGUGCGCGCUGCACGUGCGCGUGCCCGACGUGGGCGCGCGCCUCGGCCUGCAGCGCGCCGUGCUCAUGUUGAUACUGAAGGGCAUACCGAGAGAGAGCUUCCCGCCGGACUACGAGCCCAUGAUCGUCAGCACAGAGGAGGUGGAGACCGAGUCCAUACCCGGCGUCGAGUCGGAGCGGCGCGAGGUGUGCGAGGUGGUGUGCGCGCAGAUGGAGGUGUGGUGGGACGUGGUGCCGCUGCGCUUCGUGCUGCUGCCGCCCGUCGUGCCGCUGCACCACUCGCGCAGACGCGAGUCGGUGUCGGUGGAGCUGACGGCGACGCAGCUGUUCGGCGUGUGUGGCGCGCGCGUGGCGUGGCGCACGCCGACGCGCGUGCCGCCGCCCGCGCCGCUGCAGCUCGCGCCCGCGCAGCACUGCUCCGUCGCGCUCGCCUACCCGCUGCCCGGCCUGCCCAACCACUUCCCCGAGACAGACCUCAUCACACUGGUGGCGGAGAACGCGGAGUGGCAGGCGCAGUGCGUGGUGCGGCGGCAGUGCAGCACGCGGCACCCCUCGCUGCGGCCGGCGCGCGCCUGGCUGGGCGUGGUGCCGCCCGCCGCGCGCAUGCACCACGCGCUCAAGCUGCACAACGACACGCACGAGAAGAUCUGGUGGUGGGCGGAGGCGUUCCGGUGGUGGGGCGAGAACGAGCCGUCGCGCGCGUGCCGCGGGCGCCUGCCGUGCGAGCGCUGCCAGGAGCGCGCCUGCACGUGCGCGCUGCUGCGCCCCGCCACCGGCGCGCUCGCGCACGACCACGCCGCGGAGAUCUGCUACGACGUCAACGCGCCGGAGCGCGACGGAUGCGUGGCGACGCUGGUGCGCGUGCGGCGGCCGGGCGCGGACGUGGCGCACGCGGGCAGCGGCACCGGCGACUCCGCGCGCGCCGCGCUCGUCGCCUACCGCGUGCUCGCGCCGCGCCUCGUGCUGCGCGUGCUGCCCUGCGACGACGACACGCACACCGACGACUGCACGUGCUUCGCGGCGGAGUGCGGCGCGGAGGGCGGCGCGCGCGGCUCGGCGCUGCUGCGGCCGCGCGCGGCGCUGGCGCUGGGCCGGCGCACGUGCUACCGCCUGCGCCUCACCAACAUCACGCCGCUGCCCACCGCCGUGCACUUCGACAACAACACCGGCGAGUAUCCACCAUCUGUUACACCCCUCGCUACACCGGAGGACAGUGAGGUGCUGAAGGUGAAGUUCAACCCGAGCGAGUUCCGCGUGCGCCCCUACGCCGAGGUGGAGGUGCGGGUGGUGGUGGAGGCGCGGCGCGUGUGCGGGCGGCGCGUGUUUGUGUGCCGAGCGCGAGUCGAGCGCGCGCACCGCCCGCUCUACCUGCUCAUCGACACCGCCAUCGACGUAACUAUGCACGCCCACCUACCUGGCACUACACCCCACACUGCAGCACCACACACAACCCUCGCGCGCACCGCCCGCUCUACCUGCUCAUCGACACCGCCAUCGACCACCACACACAACCCUCGCGCGCACCGCCCGCUCUACCUGCUCAUCGACACCGCCAUCGACGUAACUAUGCACGCCCACCUACCUGGCACUACACCCCACACUGCAGCACCACACACAACCCCGCGCGCACCGCCCGCUCUACCUGCUCAUCGACACCGCCAUCGACGUAACUAUGCACGCCCACCUACCUGGCACUACACCCCACCGCAGCACCACACACAACCCCGCGCGCACCGCCCGCUCUACCUGCUCAUCGACACCGCCAUCGACGUAACAUGCACGCCCACCUACCUGGCACUACACCCCACACCGCAGCACCACACACAACCCUCGCGCGCACCGCCCGCUCUACCUGCUCAUCGACACCGCCAUCGACGUAACUAUGCACGCCCACCUACCUGGCACUACACCCCACACUGCAGCACAGCACCACACACAACCUCGCGCGCGCACCGCCCGCUCUACCUGCUCAUCGACACCGCCAUCGACGUAACUAUGCACGCCCACCUACCUGGCACUACACCCCACACUGCAGCACAGCACCACACACAACCCUCGCGCGCACCGCCCGCUCUACCUGCUCAUCGACACCGCCAUCGACGUAACUAUGCACGCCCACCUACCUGGCACUACACCCCACACUGCAGCACCACACAACCCCGCGCGCACCGCCCGCUCUACCUGCUCAUCGACACCGCCAUCGACCACAGCACCACACACAACCCUCGCGCGCACCGCCCGCUCUACCUGCUCAUCGACACCGCCAUCGACGUAACUAUGCACGCCCACCUACCUGGCACUACACCCCACACUGCAGCACCACACAACCCUCGCGCGCACCGCCCGCUCUACCUGCUCAUCGACACCGCCAUCGACCACAGCACCACACAACCCCGCGCGCACCGCCCGCUCUACCUGCUCAUCGACACCGCCAUCGACGUAACUAUGCACGCCCACCUACCUGGCACUACACCCCACACUGCAGCACAGCACCACACACAACCCUCGCGCGCACCGCCCGCUCUACCUGCUCAUCGACACCGCCAUCGACGUAACUAUGCACGCCCACCUACCUGGCACUACACCCCACACUGCAGCACCACACACAACCCUCGCGCGCACCGCCCGCUCUACCUGCUCAUCGACACCGCCAUCGACCACAGCACCACACACAACCCUCGCGCGCACCGCCCGCUCUACCUGCUCAUCGACACCGCCAUCGACGUAACUAUGCACGCCCACCUACCCGCACUACACCCCACACCGCAGCACAGCACCACACACAACCCUCGCGCGCACCGCCCGCUCUACCUGCUCAUCGACACCGCCAUCGACGUAACUAUGCACGCCCACCUACCUGCACUACACCCCACACCGCAGCACAGCACCACACAACAACCCUCGCGCGCACCGCCCGCUCUACCUGCUCAUCGACACCGCCAUCGACGUAACUAUGCACGCCCACCUACCUGGCACUACACCCCACACUGCAGCACCACACACAACCCUCGCGCGCACCGCCCGCUCUACCUGCUCAUCGACACCGCCAUCGACGUAACUAUGCACGCCCACCUACCUGGCACUACACCCCACACUGCAGCACCACACACACCCCGCGCGCACCGCCCGCUCUACCUGCUCAUCGACACCGCCAUCGACGUAACUAUGCACGCACCACCUGGCACUACACCCCACACUGCAGCACCACACACAACCCUCGCGCGCACCGCCCGCUCUACCUGCUCAUCGACACCGCCAUCGACGUAA